UGCCGGGACACCGUAGUAUACUGAAUCCGGUCAGCGUUCAUUGUCAAGUAAGGCUAGUUUCUCUUUCUGUCAGAUAGCAUUAAUUAAUGUCAUUCAGUGAUACGUUUGCAAAUACGUUGACUGUGUAUAUAGCAGUGUAGACAUUUAGGCCGUAAUUCUGUAAAUUCGUGUUGGCCUUAUUGCAAGCCACAAAUUUUAUCUCAGAUUAAACUAGCUAGUUAAACCAGUCAAUUAGCUUGCUGCCUAGCAUUAGCCCCCCGGCUCAGCGGAUUCAAGAAUGUCGUACAGGAGGACUCUACAACUUAUAUGCGGGGUCGCUGGAGGCUCUUCUGCCGUGGUGUUAGCGGUGGCCGUGGCCGAGUCCCGCGGGUGUUUUGGAGAGCAAGGGAGAGAGAAGUCGAGUGUGUGGAGCCGGUUUGGUGUCCUCCAAGCAGCACAGCCGACAUGGACAACUGCAAACCACACACCGGCGCCGUCCGGACCCGCUUGGGAAUUUAACUGGGAUAAGAGGGACCCGUCGGCGUUCACCAACGGGAAAAAGAAGGAGAAAGCAACAGAAGACCUCACCUCUGAGCCGGACAACGGGAAACCUAAAGCCACACGCAAUAUCCUCCUCAUCAGACACUCCCAGUACAACCUGAGUGGAAACGGCGACAAAGAAAGAAUCCUCACGCCAUUAGGCAGGGAACAGGCCGAGUUCACAGGCCAGCGGUUGGCUGCUUUAGGCCUGAAGUAUGACACCCUAGUGCACUCCUCCAUGUCCAGGGCCACGGAGACGGCGAACAUAAUCAGCAAACACCUUGAAGGAGUGGAGCUGGUCAGCUGUGACUUGCUGAGAGAGGGAGCUCCCAUUGAACCCGUCCCCCCGGUCACACACUGGAAGCCAGACGCUGUGCAGUACCACGAGGACGGGGCUCGCAUCGAAGCCGCCUUCCGCCGCUACAUCCACCGGGCCGAUGCCAAACAGAAGGAGGACAGCUACGAGAUCAUCGUGUGCCACGCCAACGUCAUCCGCUACUUUGUGUGCAGGGCUCUGCAGUUUCCUCCAGAGGGAUGGCUGCGGAUGGGCCUCAACAACGGCAGCAUCACCUGGCUCACCAUCCGCCCGAGCGGCCGUGUGGCUCUCCGAACCCUUGGAGACUCGGGCUUCAUGCCCGUGGACAAACUCACCCGGACCUGAUGUCAUACGCGUAGCACAGGUGUAGGUUCAAAGACCUAGGAUGGAGUCAUGCAGUCGUCUACUCAAGUGUCUUGCAAAUAAGCUGUUCUUUUGUGCUUUUUUGUAAUUUAACUACCAUAAAUGCUAUCCAAGUUGCUAGUUUUGUGAGUCACUCCCGUGCCAUAGUCUACCUACCUUCAGUGCAAGGGAGUCCAAACAACCAGUAGACUUGUUAGCUCAACUGAUUUGUGCUGCAAAUAUCUGGUUCAAUAAGUCAGUGGAGAAACUUCUGAAUGUAAUGUAUAAGAGUUCAUCCCAAAAGUGUCUAAUCUUUAAUUUUAUUAAACCAAAAUUAUGUAUUAAAACACAUUUCUACAGCUUUUGUUAUCGUAAAUGACGCAGAUGCUUUUUGUACCGUGCCCUCGAUGUGAGGGUCUUUCAAAAGUCUAUGGAAUUGUGCAAUAAAGUUAUUGUUCUGUAGUUGA